AUGUCAACACAGAUGGGAACUCACUGGUCAGUGCAAAGACGACGUGCACAUGAAGAGCUGUACCGGAACAGUUUCUGGCUGCCUCAUGAUGAAGUCGCAAGGUUUUACGAUCUCUCAAGUCAAGCAUUUUGGCAGAACCUUGAAGCAUGGAGUAAGACGGAUGACUUGCACCGACUUCCACUGGAGUUGUCGGCCGUUGAGCGGUUGACGCCAAUCAGCAACUCUUCGUUUGAAGACGUACGGCGAGGUUGCGAGCCUGCUCUGCGCAGGGCUCUGGAGACGAGUGAGAGUGGUUAUGUUGAGUUAGACCUUACGGAAACCUCUUGGCCCUGGGGCCGCAUCUUAGCUGCGCACAGAGAGAGGCAGAAUCUGGUCGGCUCUGGAGUGGUGCGCUUCGCGCUUGCAAUGGACCGACAGGUUCUAAGGAAACAUCAGACAGACCCGGAACCGAAGCUUCUGAUUGUCGUAUAG